UUGACAAUUUUGUUUUCCGUGAAAAAAGUGGCGGCUAGCUGCAAAUGCAAACAAAAUAUUGGUUUAACCGUUGUCAAUUGUUAACAAAGUUGUGAGGAAACAUAAAUUGGUGAUACCCUAGCAACUAAAAUCAUUUAAAAGCGCAUUUAAAAGUAAUUUUGCUGUCGUGUGGGCAUAUUUUUGUAAGCAGCGGCCAUUUUGAGCGAAUCUACCUACUGUUUGACUGAGAGACGAUAACGAUUACACACGAGUGCCGCCGCCCGCCACAAGCUUUAAAGUUUAGCUUAGUAAACAUAAACAAAAAAGAACCAAAGUCUCAAAACAAAUAAAACAAGUUAACAUGGCUGAUGAAGAUAUUACUUUAAACGAAGACCAGCUCUUGGAGUCGUUGGAAGAGACUAACGGCGAGCAGGAGACUGAUAUUACAGCUGACACUGAGGAGGACGGCGGAAUGCAGAUCGAUCCUGAACUGGAAGCCAUCAAGGCGCGCGUGAAAGAGAUGGAGGAGGAGGCUGAGAAAAUCAAGCAAAUGCAGUCUGAGGUAGACAAACAAAUGGCUGGUGGUUCAUCAACCGGUCUGGCCACAGUGCCACUUUCACUAGAAGAGAAACAGGAAAUUGACACACGCUCCGUCUAUGUGGGCAAUGUGGAUUAUGGCGCAUCUGCUGAAGAAUUGGAGGCACAUUUCCAUGGCUGUGGCACCAUUAAUCGUGUUACCAUUCUAUGCAAUAAGGCUGAUGGUCAUCCCAAGGGCUUUGCCUACAUUGAGUUUGGCUCAAAGGAAUUUGUUGAGACUGCAUUGGCUAUGAAUGAAACUCUGUUCCGCGGCAGGCAAAUAAAGGUCAUGUCAAAGCGCACAAACCGUCCCGGACUCUCAACCACAAAUCGUUUCUCUCGCGGCAGCUUCCGAGGCCGAGGCGCACGUGUCUCCCGCUCCUGUUGUCACUCAACCUUCCGUGGCACUCGACGGGCAAUAGGUGGAUACCGCGGACGCGCCAAUUAUUAUGCGCCGUAUUGAUUGUUUCGUAAAACUUAGUAAGGUAAGUACGAAAAAAAACACAGAUUAGCUUUUCUCCGGGCAUUUCAAAAUUAUAUUUCAAUUAAAUUGAUCUUAACACUUCUGAAUGUUAUCUUCAGCCCAAGGCUUAGUUAGAAUUGCAUGUAGAAUUUUGAUGUGAUUGUCCGCUUUGAUUG